AUGGGCCCAGCACCAAAUCAGGCCGACACGGUCGCAUUCUGGCACAGCCUGUGGUCAGAGCCCGUAAACCACAACGAGGGCCCUUGGACGGAAGUUGUGGUGAGUCAGUGUGCGGGUAUUACGCCCAUGGACCCCGUCAUCAUAACGCCGGAUGACGUAGUUGAGGCGGUCCGUAGGGCCCCGAACUGGAAAAGUCCGGGGCUUGACGGGCUGCAUCACUACUGGCUGAAGGGGUUCAUGGUGUGUCACGCUGUGCUCGCCCGACAGUUUCAAGAGGCUCUCAACCAGAAGUCGCUCCCAAGCCUCUUCACUACUGGGAUCACUCAUUUGGUUCCUAAAGAUCAGUGUGCCACAGACCCGAGUAAUACCGCCCCAUCACGUGUCUACCGACUAUAUACAAGACACUAA